CGGCCGGGAAGUGUGGACGCGUUUCUCCCGAGGCCGGGCCGCCUCGCCCGCUCUAGUCCAGCGGAGCCGGAGCGCCUCGGACCAAUCCCCGGUGAUUAUGCAAGACAGCGGACCAAUCAGCUCCGCCAGCUCAUGAAUAUUUAUGACCUUGGCUGAGUCAAAGCUUUGAAGCGAGUUUGGGGAGCUCGGCAGCAUCAUGCUUAGACUUUUCAAAGAGACAAACUCCAUUUUCUUAUGAAUGGAAAGUGAAAACCCCUGUUCCGCUUAAAUUGGGUUCCUUCCUGUCCUGAGAAACACAGAGACCCCCAAAAGGGAAGCAGAGGAGAGAGAGAGACCCACACCCAGACCCCGCGAGAAGAGAUGACCAUGACCACCAUGCCAGAAAGUCUCAACAGCCCCGUGUCGGGCAAGGCGGUGUUUAUGGAGUUUGGGCCACCCAACCAGCAAAUGUCUCCUUCUCCCAUGUCCCACGGGCACUACUCCAUGCACUGUUUACACUCGGCGGGCCAUUCGCAGCCCGACGGCGCCUACAGCUCGGCCUCGUCUUUCUCCCGACCGCUGGGCUACCCCUACGUCAACUCGGUCAGCAGCCACGCGUCCAGCCCCUACAUCAGUUCGGUGCAGUCCUACCCCGGCAGCGCCAGCCUCGCCCAGAGCCGCCUGGAGGACCCAGGGGCUGACUCCGAGAAGAGCACGGUGGUGGAAGGCGGUGAAGUGCGCUUCAAUGGCAAGGGGAAAAAGAUCCGCAAACCCAGGACGAUUUAUUCCAGUUUGCAGUUGCAGGCUUUGAACCGGAGAUUCCAGCAAACUCAGUACCUAGCUCUGCCCGAGAGGGCGGAGCUCGCGGCCUCCUUGGGACUCACGCAGACGCAGGUCAAGAUCUGGUUCCAGAACAAGCGUUCCAAGUUCAAGAAACUGAUGAAGCAGGGCGGGGCGGCUCUGGAGGGUAGCGCGCUGGCCAACGGCCGGGCGCUGUCUGCCGGCUCCCCACCAGUGCCGCCCGGCUGGAACCCCAACUCUUCAUCUGGGAAGGGCUCGGGCGGCAGCGCCGGUUCCUACAUCCCCAGCUACACGUCGUGGUACCCCUCGGCGCACCAAGAAGCUAUGCAGCAACCCCAACUCAUGUGA